AUGUCUCAACGCUCUACGCUGGUAAGCUUCAGAUUUAUCCCCACGACAAUGGUCAACCUGAAAUUCAAUCCCAAAGUGGACUCGCUGCAUACUUUUCCCAAGGUAGAGGCAACUUUCAGAUUCAUAGAAUCCCAGAACGAACCACAUUCACAACAGCCUCCUAUCAGAUGUUCCGGGACAGGCUCAAUUGCGAUUUACAAUAAUUUGCAUGAAACGUUCUCUGAUUAUCAAGCCCAAGCCCAUCAAAACUCUUUGCCCCUGCUGGACACACCCGACGAAUCCGAAAACUUUAGUAAGUUGCAAUUAGGGCCAAUACCUUCAAAUCCAAGGCUUUUGCGCUUAAACUCGGCCUUGUCGCAAUUGAACCGACUGCAAAGCACAACCGAUGUCCUAACCAACCGCGGCGACUUGAAUGAUAUCGCGAUGUCGUUUUUCCCACAUUUUCUCAAUAACUAUGAAAAGAUUCACCAUGUUGCUUAUAUCAAGCACGGCAGAUUAUUUUUCUGGCACGAUUGCGUUCGAGACGAAACCUUUAACUCCUCGCGCUCUAGGAAUAACUGGUAUAGUGGUUAUAAAUUUGAAGCGGUGUGUGCACACCAGUGGCCCGAUGAUGGGACAAAAUGGUGCCCGCUACCGAAACUUAGUAACACAGAAUCGCCAGUUCUUAGUCUACUACACCUUCCACUACGGAAGGGCUUGCAGGCGAUGAUACUUGCGGAGUAUGAUGUAGCACUUCCAAAGGUUAAGGGGCUCGCUAAGUAUGUCGAGCUGAAAUGCUUCCAGCCGCCAAUCGGUAAUAUCAACGCAAUUCAAUGGCAAGCUCUUAGCAACGCAGAGGUUUUGGAAGCGCUCAUUAACAAGAAAAGUUUUAUGAAGUUUUUCAAGACUUGUUUGCAAUGCAAGCUAGCAGGAUGUGAGAACGUCGUUUAUGGAAUUAGAAAUUCGGCAGUCAGCCUAGUGGGCGUGCGACAAUUUAACAUAAUGGAGAUCGAGAGUAGGCUCCAAACAUUGGAGAAAACAUUUUAUCAUCGAUAUUACCUGAAGGCGCUACAGAAUAUUUCAGAUUUUAUGAGCACGCUGUUUAAGAAAUGCGAAGAAGGAGAGUUUUAUAUGGUUACCAAAAAUAGUCCAAGAGCCCCGCUGAGAGUUCAAAAAAUAAAGAAUGAGGACCUUUUGUUUAAGGUUCCCUUCACGGCGGAAUUCGAAUCGUUACUGAAGCGCACUGAGGCUGAAAGACGGCAAUUUCGCGCGCUUGCGGGCGACAAACAAGAUGCGUCUGUGGACAAGAAGGAUGCGUCUGUGGACAAGAAGGAUGCGUCUGUGGACAAGCAAGAUGCGUCUGUGGACAAGCAAGAUGCGUUCACAUUCGAUGUGCAGAAAACCAAGCCCAAGAGUCGGAAAGGCAAGACUCGGGAAGCCCUUAAAACUGAGAAAACCGGUUGUAAGACUCAGAAGACUAGUGCUUAUACCCAGAAAGCGCGUUCUAAGGACCAGAAGACUAGUGCUAAUACCCAGGAAGUGCAUUCUAAGGACCAGAUGACUAGUGCUAAUACCCAGGAAGUGCAUUCUAAGGACCAGAUGACUAGUGCUAAUACCCAGGAAGUGCAUUCUAAGGACCAGAUGACUAGUGCCAAUACCCAAAAAGCGCAUCCUGAAGACCAGAAGACUAGUGCUAAUACCCAGAAAGUGCAUUCUAAGGACCAGAAGACUAGUGCCAAUACCCAAGAAGCGCAUUCUAAGGACCAGAUGACUAGUGCCAAUACCCAGAAAGCGCACCCUAAAGACCAGAAAACCAGUGCUAAUACCCAGAAAGGGCACCCUAAAGGCCAGAAAGCUACUGCUAAUACCCAAAAAGCUCCUCCUCCUUGCGACAAACUAUCCGAAGCAUUUGCUGAAGUAAGAAUCGGUGAUUCCGGAAGUAGCACAGGCUAA